UCAGUACUAUACCGGUAUUUUUUUAUACCAGUACCAAAAUGCUCAUCUCUAAUUUCAGUAUUAUUUCGCAAUAGGUAUCGGUUUGGUUUCGGUAUGGUACAAUUUUAUCCCUAGAAGAAAAAGAACAUUGCAACAGGCUUAAACCCUCCCUCUUCAACAUUCAAAAUUGAACCAGAAGCAUCAAUGGAGAAACUACGAAGAAUCGUAAACCAAAUAGCAUACGCCCCCAAAUCUCAAGCACUCUCCACUCUCUCUCCUCUUCAUCUCUCUCUCAUCCCUCUCCUCUUCCUAUCAUCAUCUCUCUACAAAACCCUCAUCUCCUUCCGUCACACUCUCUACCACUUCAAAUUCCUCCGUAAACACAGGUUACCGGUGCCGGUGAUCAGCGUCGGAAAUUUGACGUGGGGUGGUAAUGGGAAGACUCCGAUGGUUGAGUUUGUUGCAAAUUGGUUUGUUAAUGAUGUUGGGGUUUCACCUCUUAUUCUAACCAGGGGUUAUGGUGGUGCUGAUGAAGCUAAAAUGCUUCAAAGGCAUUUCAAUGGGACGCCUGUGAAGAUUGGUGUGGGUGCUAAUCGAGCAGCUAUCGCUGCUUCUUUUUUUCAAAGACAUGGUUUUAUUAAUCCACUUGAUAUUGCGUGUCUUGAGGUGGUACCGAAAACCCAAGUUGUUUCUGAUAAAAUCGGAGUCGCAAUUCUUGAUGAUGGGAUGCAGCAUAUAAGCAUGGCACGUGAUCUGGAAAUUGUAAUGGUGAAUGCAUUAUCUCCUUGGGGAAACCAGCAUUUACUACCCUAUGGACCAUUACGGGAACCUUUGACUUCUUUUAACCGUGCUGAUGCUGCUGUAAUCCAUCAUGCUGACAUGGUACCGGAUGAGUGUCUUUCUGAAAUGAAAUCAAAGAUUCUUGACGUGAAUCGGAAUCUUCCUAUAUAUCUAUCUGCAAUGACUCCCUCACACUUCUUUAAGGCACCAAAUACCUCAUGCCAAUUACAUUUAGGAGUUAUAUUUGAAAAGGCUGUUUUAUGUGUUUCUGCAAUUGGUUCUCCUAAUUCAUUUGUGCAGAAGAUUGAGAAGAUGGGCCCAUUAUAUGUUGAUCGACUAGACUAUAGUGACCAUCAUCAGUUUCAAGACAAGGACAUCAAGAUGAUCAAAGCAAGACUUGAGAAUCUCAAGAACAAGUUUGGUUCCGAACCCACCGUUGUCGUGACAGAAAAGGAUUAUGAUCGAGAUAGCAAGAUUCUAGGAGGGUUGGAUCCUUUUGAAGUUUUGGUGUUAUGUUGUAAACUGCAGAUUUUGAAUCAUAAUGGUUGUUCACAAGAUAGCUUCAAGAAGCUAUUGACUCUGUCCUUGAGUUGAUAUUUAUUACAUUGUGACA